AUGGCACCGGCAAAUUUUACUGAAGCUACAACUGAGCAAAGAAUUUCACGUGAACUGUUUUGUUCUGAAGAGUUCACUGCUGAAGUUCACAACGAGUUAAUCUUUCUCUCAGCGCUAAAUGUUUUACUGUCAAUCACCGCAUUUCUAGGGAACAUUGUGAUUCUAGCUGCCCUUCGUAAGGAGACUUCACUUCAUCCGCCGUCCAAACUCCUGUAUCGUAACCUGGCGGUAACUGAUCUCUGUGUUGCUAUCACUGCCGAGCCCCUCACCGUCGCAUACUGGAUGUCUGUAGUGAACCAAAGAUGGGAUCUUUGUCAUUUUGCUAACGUUGCGAUUUUUGUUACAGCAGCUACUUUGUGUUCGGCGUCUUUGUUCACAGUGACUGCAAUAAGUAUGGAUAGACUUUUAGCCUUACUGCUGGGACUCAAAUACAGACAGGUAGUUACACUGAAAAAAACCAUUAUAACUGUCAUUGUUUUGUGGAUUCUAUCCAUUGUCACCACAGCAAGCUACUUUUGGAAGCCGUACAUGUAUACUUGGUUAUUCCAAGUAGGUCUGUUUUUGCCGUGCUUAGUAGUCUCAUGUUUGUCUUACACAAAAAUUUUCUUGACUCUGCGUCAACAAGAAAAGCAUGUUCGAGAGCAACAGGGACAAGAGAUUCCCGAGGGCAUUGCUCGAUACAGGAAGGCGGUGUGUAGUUCUCUGUGGUUGCUGGUAGCAUUGGUUGUCUGUUAUCUGCCAUAUGGUAUAACGGCUCCCUUAACGCCUUAUAAGGGGAUGUCUUUAUCGGUUUACCUUGCUAGGGCAUUUACAUUUACUUUCGUGUUUUUGAACUCCUCUUUAAAUCCAGUACUUUACUGUUGGAAGAUCCAAGAGGUGAGGCAAGCUGUUAAAGAUACAACAAGACAACUCUUAUUCUCAACCAGUUACACGGUGCAGUAG